AGUUGUCUAAGCGGAGCCCAGCCGGCCGGCCCCGACCAGCCUUCGUCGUCCCCGGGCGCCCUGAGAGUCGCCGACGAGUGGACGGACUGACCUCCUGAGGACGGCCGGCCCGGGGCGGUGAGCGCGCCAGGCCCAAUGGCGCGGGUCGCGUGAAGCGGAAGGCCGAGUGCGGUCGGCGGCGGUGGCGGCAGCGGCGCCCGCCCCAGCGAUGCGGGCCCCGCCCGUCGUCUCAGGUGCCAUUUGGAUAGUCCUUUAGCGGCACAAUGUACUCAGAGUGGAGAUCACUGCAUUUGGUGAUUCAGAAUGAUCAGGGGCAUACCAGUGUGCUGCACAGCUAUCCAGAGAGCGUUGGGCGAGAGGUGGCAAAUGCAGUAGUCCGUCCUCUCGGGCAGGCGUUAGGUAGCCCUUCAGUGGCCAGUAGUGAGAGUUUACUAAAAACUGACAAAGAAGUAAAAUGGACAAUGGAAGUAAUUUGCUAUGGAUUGACCCUUCCAUUAGACGGGGAAACUGUAAAAUACUGUGUUGAUGUGUAUACAGAUUGGAUUAUGGCUUUAGUGCUGCCUAAAGAUUCUAUUCCAUUGCCAAUUAUUAAAGAGCCUAAUCAAUAUGUUCAGAAUAUAUUGAAACACCUGCAAAAUCUUUUUGUACCAAGACAGGAACAGGGCUCCAGUCAGAUCCGACUAUGCUUACAGGUCCUGAGAGCCAUUCAGAAACUGGCCCGGGAGUCAUCUAUCAUGGCCCGAGAGACCUGGGAAGUCUUGCUUUUAUUUCUUCUGCAGAUUAAUGACAUACUUCUGGCACCUCCAACUGUUCAAGGUGGCAUUGCUGAGAAUCUAGCAGAGAAAUUGAUUGGUGUCCUCUUUGAGGUGUGGUUACUGGCUUGUACUCGGUGCUUUCCAACACCUCCUUAUUGGAAGACAGCCAAAGAGAUGGUGGCUAACUGGAGGCACCACCCAGCAGUGGUAGAGCAGUGGAGCAAGGUCAUCUGUGCACUCACAUCCAGAUUGCUACGUUUUACGUAUGGUCCCUCGUUUCCUCCAUUUAAAGUUCCUGAUGAAGAUGCCAGUCUGAUCCCUCCAGAAAUGGAUAAUGAGUGUGUGGCACAGACAUGGUUUCGAUUUUUACAUAUGUUAAGUAAUCCUGUGGAUUUGAGUAACCCAGCCAUCAUAAGCUCUACUCCCAAAUUUCAGGAACAGUUCUUGAAUGUGAGUGGAAUACCACAAGAAUUGAACCAGUAUCCUUGCCUUAAACAUCUGCCUCAAAUAUUUUUUCGUGCCAUGCGUGGAAUCAGCUGUCUGGUGGAUGCAUUUUUAGGCAUUUCUAGGCCCCGAUCAGACAGUGCUCCUCCAACACCCGUAAAUAGAUUAAGUAUGCCUCAAAGUACUGCUGUCAAUACCACUCCCCCACAUAACCGGAGGCACCGGGCUGUUACUGUGAAUAAGGCCACCAUGAAAACAAGCACAGUUAGUACUGCUCAUGCCUCAAAAGUCCAGCACCAGACUUCUUCCACCUCACCUCUGUCGAGUCCAAAUCAGACUAGUUCAGAACCCCGGCCACUGCCUGCCCCUCGGAGACCAAAGGUUAACAGCAUUUUGAAUCUCUUUGGAUCAUGGUUAUUUGAUGCAGCGUUUGUUCACUGUAAACUUCAUAAUGGGAUUAACAGAGACAGCAGCAUGACUGCCAUUACAACACAAGCUAGCAUGGAGUUUCGACGGAAAGGGUCUCAAAUGUCCACAGACACCAUGGUUUCCAAUCCUAUGUUUGAUGCCAGUGAAUUUCCUGAUAACUAUGAAGCAGGAAGAGCUGAGGCUUGUGGGACACUGUGUAGGAUUUUUUGUAGCAAGAAGACUGGAGAAGAGAUUCUGCCAGCUUAUUUAUCCAGAUUUUACAUGCUUUUAAUUCAAGGUUUGCAGAUAAAUGAUUAUGUGUGCCACCCUGUCUUGGCCAGCGUUAUUCUAAACUCCCCUCCUUUGUUCUGCUGUGACUUGAAAGGGAUUGAUGUUGUGGUUCCUUACUUUAUUUCAGCUCUUGAAACCAUUUUGCCUGACAGAGAACUCUCAAAAUUCAAAAGCUAUAUAAAUCCAACUGAAUUGAGAAGAUCCUCCAUUAAUAUCCUGCUUUCUUUGUUGCCCCUCCCUCAUCAUUUUGGCACAGUCAAAUCUGAGGUGGUCCUAGAAGGAAAAUUUAGUAAUGAUGACAGCUCUUCUUAUGAUAAACCAAUAACUUUUCUGUCCCUGAAGCUGAGACUUGUGAAUAUACUAAUAGGUGCCUUGCAAACGGAAACGGACCCCAACAACACCCAAAUGAUACUAGGAGCAAUGUUAAAUAUUGUUCAAGAUUCUGCACUUUUAGAAGCCAUUGGUUGCCAAAUGGAGAUGGGUGGUGGAGAAAAUAACCUGAAGAGCCACAGUCGCACUAACAGUGGUAUUAGCUCAGCAAGUGGUGGGAGCACAGAGCCCACAACUCCUGACAGUGAGAGGCCAGCUCAGGCUCUCUUAAGGGAUUAUGCUCUUAAUACAGAUUCAGCUGCUGGGCUCCUGAUUCGCAGCAUUCAUCUCGUCACCCAAAGACUCAAUUCCCAGUGGCGGCAAGAUAUGAGCAUAUCAUUGGCAGCUCUAGAGCUCCUCUCUGGCCUGGCAAAGGUGAAGGUGUUGGUUGACUCAGGGGACCGAAAGCGGGCCAUCAGUUCUGUGUGCAGCUACAUUGUGUACCAGUGCAGUCGGCCAGCCCCUUUGCACUCCCGGGACCUGCACUCCAUGAUAGUGGCAGCUUUUCAGUGUCUGUGUGUCUGGCUGACUGAGCACCCUGAUAUGCUUGAUGAAAAGGACUGCCUUAAGGAAGUUCUAGAAAUUGUGGAACUGGGUAUCUCAGGAAGUAAGUCCAAGAACAGUGAGCAAGAGGUCAAGUACAAAGGAGAUAAGGAGCCAAAUCCUGCUUCAAUGAGGGUAAAGGAUGCUGCUGAAGCUACCCUCACAUGUAUUAUGCAGUUGCUUGGCGCAUUUCCUUCACCCAGUGGUCCUGCUUCUCCCUGUAGUCUGGUGAAUGAGACUACUCUGAUCAAAUACUCCAGGCUGCCAACCAUUAACAAGCAUAGUUUCCGGUACUUUGUUUUGGACAAUAGUGUCAUCCUGGCAAUGCUGGAGCAGCCUCUUGGAAAUGAGCAGAAUGAUUUUUUCCCCUCUGUCACUGUGCUGGUUCGGGGAAUGUCUGGAAGACUUGCUUGGGCACAACAGCUUUGCCUUCUACCCAGAGGAGCAAAAGCAAAUCAGAAGCUUUUUGUUCCUGAACCUCGCCCAGUUCCUAAAAAUGAUGUUGGAUUUAAAUACUCUGUGAAACAUCGGCCAUUUCCUGAAGAGGUGGACAAGAUUCCUUUUGUGAAAGCAGAUCUGAGCAUUCCAGAUUUGCAUGAGAUUGUCACUGAAGAAUUAGAAGAGAAACAUGAGAAACUGAGAAGUGGCAUGGCCCAGCAGAUAGCCUAUGAAAUACACCUUGAACAGCAAAGUGAGGGGGAACUGCAGAAGAGAAGUUUCCCUGACCCCAUUACGGACUGCAAGCCCCCACCUCCUGCCCAGGAAUUCCAAACAGCUCGCCUUUUCCUCUCUCACUUUGGAUUUUUGUCCUUAGAGGCAUUAAAGGAACCUGCAAAUAGUCGUCUACCUCCUCACCUUAUUGCACUUGAUUCUGCGAUCCCUGGGUUUUUUGAUGACAUUGGGUAUCUAGAUCUCUUGCCCUGUCGUCCUUUCGACACAGUUUUUAUUUUCUAUAUGAAGCCAGGUCAGAAAACAAACCAAGAGAUUUUAAAGAAUGUGGAGUCUUCCAGAAAUGUUCAGCCACAUUUCCUAGAAUUUUUGCUCUCCCUUGGCUGGUCAGUAGAUGUGGGCAGACACCCUGGUUGGACAGGACAUGUUUCUACCAGUUGGUCGAUUAACAGUUGCAAUGAUGGUGAAGGGACUGAACAAGAUGAAAUAACUUCCUCUGAAGAUAUUGGGGCUAGUAUUUUCAAUGGACAGAAGAAGGUGCUGUAUUAUGCUGAUGCCCUGACAGAAAUAGCAUUUGUGGUUCCUUCUCCUGUGGAGUCCUUAACUGAUUCAUUGGAAAGUAACAUCUCAGACCAAGAUAGUGAUUCAAAUAUGGAUCUUAUGCCAGGAAUUCUGAAACAGCCAUCUCUGACACUUGAGCUUUUUCCCAAUCACACAGACAAUCUUAAUUCCUCACAGAGGCUCAGUCCCAGUUCCAGAAUGAAGAAGCUGCCUCAGGGUCGACUUGUGCCUCCUCUUGGACCCGAGACAAGAGUGUCUGUGGUCUGGGUGGAACGCUAUGAUGACAUAGAAAACUUUCCCCUCUCAGAUCUGAUGACAGAGAUCAGUACUGGUGUGGAAACCACUGCUAAUAGUAGCACUUCUCUGAGAUCUACAACUCUUGAAAAGGAAGUUCCAGUCAUAUUCAUUCACCCUUUAAACACUGGAUUGUUCCGGAUAAAAAUUCAAGGAGCUACGGGAAAAUUUAACAUGGUCAUCCCUCUUGUAGAUGGAAUGAUAGUCAGCAGACGAGCACUGGGUUUUCUAGUGAGGCAGACUGUAAUCAACAUUUGUAGAAGAAAGAGACUAGAAAGUGACUCCUACAGUCCACCACACGUCCGCCGGAAACAGAAAAUCACCGACAUUGUCAACAAGUACCGGAACAAGCAGUUGGAACCAGAGUUUUAUACGUCACUUUUCCAAGAGGUUGGACUCAAGAGCUGCAGUGCUUAGACCACUAUCUGUUUAGGACAUUGAACUCCAGUGAGUGGGCUAUACUAUCAAAGCAAGACAGUUUGAUAGUGAUCACUGUAAAAAUAAAAUCAAAUCACUCCCAAGAGCUUACUGUUUAAUCACAGGAUAGAAGAAACACAUUGUAAACCCGUUGGAUAGAAGACUUUGGACUUCCUAAUGAAAUGGGCUCGCAGACACAAUCAUAUUCCAGCUGGUUAUGAUGAUAAACAUUUUAGCCAUAAACUUCCUUUUAAAAGUGACAAUUUUAGUUCAAUGUAAGCCUUUUGAGGAGAAAGGCUUUUAUGCACCUCAAUUGUAAACACAUGCAUUGGUAGUAUCAACAGAUUUGCAAAUUAGAAGUUCAAGAUAGUUUUAUACUCACUUUUUAGGAGAUUGUCUUCAAACUUAAAGUCUGUGUCAGAAUCUCCCAGGACAUUUAAAGGUUCCAGUUGACAGCAUGGAGGAGAAGGAAAGAAGUUGCAACAUUCUGCUUACUUGUAGGUCCAUUUGUCACCCAGUUGUCAAAAUGACAAAAAGAGUACAACGUACAUUGGCCUAGGGUUUUUAUUUUUCUUCCUCAGAUAAGAAAUCUGACAUUAAAAUAUUUUGUAUUUUCUCUCCACAUCAAAAAAGUCAUCAUUAUUGUCACUGCACAGCUGAGCCUGGCGGCCUCAGCUUCUGAGGGCACAGAUGAGGAGCAGAGGCACAGCCAUGUCCUCUAGUGGGGUGCUAAUGGAAUUUGCGGGGUUAAAAACUUUUGAGUCAGCAAUGAGACCUCUACUCCACUCCACAUUAUUGUCCAGUGUGGUGACGUAAAGGCAGGUUAAUCAUUUGGCAGUCCCUGAUGAAAUAGCAUGGAAUGGAAAGGCACAACAGAGAGGUAGAAAAUUACUUGAUUUCAUCCAUUCUCUCUUGUUUCAGGACCAAGCAGCAAACUGCCAUAGUUGAUAAAGGAUUUGAAUGUGUGUGGUUCAUGAAGUAGCCUUUCAUUGCUGCUAACCUAAUUUCUUCCAGAUCGCUCCUGGAGUGUAUCAUUUGACAGGCAUCACACCACCUGACUGAGCAGGGGACUACUGUUGUGCUUUGUGUCCUUAGCCAGCUGAAGGCAUGACAAAUCCCCACCAGGUCUUUGGGGAAUAUGUGUGUAACUUUGCUGCUAUAUUCCUGCUAGGGACAAACGUGGGAGUUGGGCAGACUCAGACUGUCCUUAUAAGGGUUCCUGUGACAGUGCUCUGUGUCCUCCAAUUAGGUCUCAUUUGUUUGUGCUUCUUGCUGAGAUUGAUUUCUUCUAAGAAAAUGAGUGAUAUUUGAAGUCCCCAGAGGGGUCAUCAGAGGAUCCAGGUACUUCUCACAGCCCUCAGGUGUCAGCAUGUCUGGAGAGCAGUGCCCUGCUGCUCUUAUUAUUUUGCUGUUCCAGUAAUUUCCUUAGAGGGUUGAGGGCAGUAUAGUACCCCUUCCCUGCUCAGGAAUCUCUCAGCAAGUAGCAUAGAUAAAGCAGCUCUCGGUCUUAAGUCUGCCAUCCUCUUGUUCCUGUUUGUUUUCAGCUCAGGUAGAUACCUCUUCCUCCUCUUGUGACUCUAGUCUCCAUAUAGGACACUACAAUAUUCAACCAUUGAUUGCUUUUUGAGCUGAACAAUAAAUGUGUCUUCAGAUGGCAGCAGCGGAGUGUGAAUGUGAGUUUUACCCUAAAAUGUUUUUAGGAAUUGAGCAAGAAUAGUUGAAGUUUAACAGCUUUCAAGGAAAUUCCAGGUUGACACUUGAGGGGGAAAGGGGCUUUUAUUCUAGUUGAGGUAAAGGCUAUAAAUUGAAUGUGCAAUUUGUAACAUUCCAGAUGUUGGAACAA